AUGCUGGUCGACUGGCUCAAGCAGGACCUCGCCGACAUCGUCACCAUGCCUCUCGGCGGCACCGUCGACAUCCUGAGGGGAAUGCGCAGCCCACCGCAAGUCCUCGAAACGCUCGGCGGGCUGGUGGACCAGAUGCGGGACAGCAGCCCGGCCGUGAGGAUAAUCGUCAUCGCCCAAUACUUUCCGCCCCUUGCAAUGGACCGCCAUGUCCGUGGACUCAACCCAGCGAUACCGGCGUAUUUUGCUCACAAGAACUUAACGGCCUCCCCAGUCUGGGUGGUCGACCAAUGGACGAACUUUACCAGCGCUGAUCCGUACGACGGCAUCCACCCGAGCGCGUCGGGAGACGUCAAGGUUGCCAUCAGGUUUUACCCAGCGCUGGUCCAGGCGAUCCAGAGCAUCCGGCGCAUCCGGCAGAAGUGA